UAAAUAAAUCGGUCUCGCUCUCCGAAAAAGAAAGCAUACCAAGGCGAGGGAGGCAGAGGUGAUCUCGCCGCCGCCGCCGCCGCCGCCGCCGCAUCGAGUUCCCGUGGUCGCUUCCCUUCUCCUCGCCGCCAUGGUGCUCGGCAACGUCGCCAUCCUCGUCGGUUCCGGCAUUGUUGGAUCAGUUCUUACCAGUGAUGGCAAAAUUCCUAGUGUCCGUGAUGUAGCCUCUGGUGUUGCCAAGUUUGGGAAAAAACUUGGGAAAGAAGGCGGGGACGCAAAGGCUGGCAGCGAUCCACAUACUGCUCAGUUGAUAACUCAGGUCAACUAUCUCAGAGAGGAGCUACAGUACCUGGCCUCAAGACCAGUUACAGUUGUGACAAAUGCUGCUACAUCAGGAUCUGGUGCAUACACUAUAACAGCAGUUGUUGUUGCUGGGAUUAUUGGCUAUGCAUACAUAAAGUGGAAGGGCUGGAAACUAUCCGACAUGAUGUUUGUGACAAAGCGUGGUCUAUCUGAUGCUUGCAACGUAGUUGGCAGCCAAUUGGAUCAAGUUUCAGAUAGUGUUAUUGUUACAAGGAAACAUCUAGCUGGGAGGAUUGAUCGUGUGGAUAUUACCUUAGAUGAAACCCAGGAGAUUAUUGAAGGCACAAGGGAUGAGGUCACAGUCAUCCAUGGGGAUCUAAGCGCUUUCCAGGAGGACUUACAAUCGGUUAAUUUAGUAGUUCAAAGUCUGGAGUCAAAGCUGGGGUGUCUUGAAUGCGCUCAGGAUCAAACGGUACAGGGAAUACAUCAGUUGUGUGAGUUCAGUGAGAAAAUGAAACAUGGCCAGAAUGCCAAUGUUCGUCAGGUCUCAUCAUCCAUUCCUGCAGCUAUCGGAUCUUCUUCAGAGCGAAUUGUGAGGGCUACUUGCUUGCCUCGUUCUUCUCCUCGUCUAGCUCUGGAACCAAUCCCACCUGUAGCUGAACCGCCUAGAGCAGAGACAUCUGCUGAAUCGCCUAGAGCAGAGGCAUUGCAGGAGCCCCAGGGUGUUGUCAGCGGGACAUCUUGGACAAGGGAAGGAUCAUCUGAGCCACCAUCACCUGGAGCCUCGUCCUCGACCGGAGCUAGCACGAGCACGCUGCGUAACCCGAGCUCGAGCUCGAGCCUAUUUGGUGGACUGAGGCUACCUGGGCUUGGUUUUCUUAGGGCUUCUGCCAGUUGACGAGGUGCUUUAAGUUAAGGUGAUGGUGGUACUGCUAGUGCCAUGAGGGUCCCAAACGGGGCGGCUUCUUCUUCUUCUUGUAGUUAGGUUGUGGUAGAAGUGAGUCAUAGCAAUACGGGACGGGUGAGUCCCUUUUGCCCCCCCCCCCCCCCCCCCAAAUUUUGUAGAAAAACUAGUGUCUCUGUAUCUAGCGGAUUCAGUGUUUUCAUGGCUGGGCGUUGGUGACCAUACCUCACUCACCCUCGUCGAUGUACAUGUUGAAACAAGAAACGAAACGGGAGUUUCAUUGAUGCCAAA